UGCCCGAGCACUUGCCGAGCAGAUUAACCGGCGAUGCAGAGGGAGGACGCCGCGACCCCGAUGGACGCCAGCCCGCCGGCUCCCAUGGCGCCCUCACCUUCUCCGCCCGCUUCCGGCCGCGGCGGGGCCGGAGCCGGCUGUCAGGCCGAGCGCGCUGGUCCGGGCCGGGGGGCCGGGAGCCGGCGGGGCUGCGCGCGGAGGCUGUGCCAGGUGGAUCACUGCCUCGCGGAUCUGACCGGCGCCAUCGCUUACUUCAGGAGGCACAAGGUCUGCCAGGCGCACAGCGUGACCACCGAGGUGCUCGUGGCCAGCAGGAUCCAGCGCUUCUGCCAGCAGUGCAGCAGAUUCCACCGCCUCGCCGAGUUCGAUGGGCAUAAGAGGAGCUGCAGGCGUAGGCUCGCCGGACACCACGAGUGGCGAAGAAGAAGAAAUCGGCCAGCAGAUGUUGCUCCACAGCUGAUGCUGCCUGGAAACCAAGAGAAUGCAGCAGGUAGGGCACAGGAUGUUGUCAAUCUGAUUCCGGUGAUUGCACGCUUGCAAGGUACUAGCACUCACCGUGCACUCAGUAUACUCUUUCACAGCUUUGUGAUUUAAUCAGUACAGAAUUUCAUUGUCGUAAUGACAGGUUCAGCACAAAGAUAGGAUGUAGCAUGACAAAUGAUGACUGCAUACUAUGUGGCUUGGUUCUUUCUUUUUGAUUCUCCUUGGAUUUCUCUGUCCUGAAGCAAUUUCUUGCUUACUUUGAGAAUGUGCAAUGAUUUAGCAGGCUGGUUGGUUGAGUAGGGUAGAGCUCCUUGCGUGCUUCAAGGGACAAGCAUGCAGUAACAUCCUAGCAUCUCUUUUUGAAAAUUUCUAUAUUGGCAGUUUGGCGCAAAUGUCAGUUUGAUACUUUGAUGCCAUCAUGUCGCCUGAAUGCCUAAAUAUGAGAUUGAGUUAUAUGAUUCUAAUUUGUUCCGCGUUAGUGUCCAGUGUUUUUUAUAUGCCUUGCUGAGUAUUUAUGCGAAUGUUUGAACUUGGUUAGCUGCCAUAGGGAUGCAAGUCCGCUAGUUUUGGGUUACUUGGUAGGCCCUAAACUUGAUGAAACGAACUAUAACUGCAUGGUUCUUAGUGAAUUUUUGGGGAGAAAUGGACUAAACUAGUUGUCUUAGAAAACACUACCUGGUACUCACUUGCAUCGCUAGCUGUGGUCCAUGGAGCAUGUAGCUUCAUAACAUUUGAAAGUUGACAUUAUGAUAGGACUAUAUCAGUUCUGAAUUCGCAUUCUUACUCCAUCUUUUCUUUCAACAUAGUUAAUCAUCAGGCCACAUGAAGGUGGCCAAUGAAGGUGUGCGCUGUUGCAGGAGGCGGGAGGUGGGUGCCGUGCGGCGUGGGACGAGGUGGAGGUGAGCCGGGCCAAGGCCGACCUCCACCGCCGGCGACCCCCUCGAGCCCUUCUGCGCGCACAACCCGACGACGACGAGGACUGCACCGUCAUCUGCAUCGAUAAGACUGACCGAGCCAUCAGCGGCGCGCGUGGCUUCACUAAUUUGGCUGCGGAUCGUGUUAGCGAAAUAAAUAUGAUCUCGCACUGUAAAUAGUCUGCUUGUUUCGGAUUGUAGUGUAUGUAUGCAUGGGCAGCUUACACGGAGGAGCUCGUGACGCAGUCUUUGCGCACGAGCUCGUGGCCGGGAAAAAUGCCAAGUCUGUUUGAUUGAAAUCCCCUUGUGUUGGGGGAAAAAAGGAAAUUCCUGUGUUCAUGCGUC